AACAGGAUCUCAACUUUCACCUAACUGUCAGGAAAAGGAGACUUUGCUCUUUAUGACGUAAUUUGAAGAGAGCUGAAGCAUCUGUGGCUUGAAGGUGUCCACUUUGGAAGUUUGCGCCCUGCCUUUUGUGUGAACGUCAGUAUGUAUGUGUAUCUGUUGGUGCAAUCGAAGGCAGCGCAACUUCAAGGAGCAGGAGGGGCUGUUUUAUUAUUUCAUCUGAUUAAUUGCCAGUGUAAGUGAACUGUAAGCACCGGACACUACCUGAAGAGCUCUCGACGUUCCCGGUGGACUAUAACCUAGGACUAUUCGUCAGCUUUUUUAAUUGAAUAGUUGGAGUCUGGAAGAAAAGGCUGCGGCUCUGUCCCUUUUUCUCCUCAUCGGAGUCUCCGUGCAGCCCCCGCUCUGUGCCACAUUCAACACGGAGUCAAUCUCACCUAAAACAUGUCCACCAAAUUGUUCCUCUACUUCUUACUUCUGUCAGUGUUUCGUGUAUGUUCUCAAACGGUCGCUUCUGAGGAUGACGAGUACGACGACGUAACUGUGAAUCAAAUGUUGGCCCCCAAAACCCACGAGACAGACGCAACGCAAAUACUAAACAACUUACUAAAGGAAUAUGACAAAAAACUUCGCCCGGACAUUGGAGUUAAACCGACAGUCAUUGAUGUCGACAUCUAUGUAAAUAGCAUUGGACCUGUGUCAUCAAUAAAUAUGGAGUACCAGAUUGAUAUAAUUUUUGCCCAGACGUGGACAGAUAGCCGCCUCAGAUACAACAGCACCAUGAAAAUAUUGACUUUGAACAGUAAUAUGGUUGGACUCAUUUGGCUACCUGAUACAAUCUUCAGAAAUUCCAAGAGCGCUGAUUCACAUUGGAUUACUACACCCAAUCAGCUACUUAGAAUAUGGAAUGAUGGAAAAAUACUUUACACUCUAAGAUUGACCAUUAAUGCAGAAUGCCAGCUUCAACUUCAUUACUUUCCUAUGGAUAAACAUUCCUGCCCACUCGUCUUCUCUAGUUAUGGAUACCCGCAAGAUGAAAUGAUUUACAAGUGGAGAAGGAACUCGGUGCAGGCCUCCGAUCAGAAGUCAUGGAGACUGUAUCAGUUCGACUUCAUGGGCCUGAGGAACACCACAGAAAUUGUUACGACAACAGCAGGUGAUUACGUUGUUAUGACUGUAAAUUUUGACCUGAAGAGAAGAAUGGGAUACUUCACAAUUCAAACUUACAUCCCCUGCAUCCUUACCGUGGUCUUGUCCUGGGUCUCCUUUUGGAUCAAAAAAGAUGCAACUCCAGCCAGAACAGCCCUAGGAAUAACAACGGUUUUAACCAUGACAACACUCAGCACAGUGGCAAGGACAUCACUACCCAGGGUCUCGUACGUCACGGCGAUGGACCUUUUUGUCACCGUCUGUUUCCUGUUUGUUUUCGCGGCACUCAUGGAGUAUGCCACUCUCAAUUAUUACUCCUACAGCUCUAGAAAACCAACCUGCAACAAGACGAAAAGACAGAACUACUCGGUGCUGGAUGUGUGUCCCCCUCCCACCGUGAUAACCCUCAACAACUCCAUGUACUGGCAGGAGUUUGAUGACGCCUGCGUGUACGAGUGCUUGGACGGAAAAGACUGCCAGAGUUUUUUCUGUUGCUACGAAGAGUGCAAAGACGGAGGAUGGAGAAAGGGCCGUCUGCAUCUAGACAUUUUGGAACUCGAUGCAUACUCACGCGUCUUCUUUCCCACCUCUUUCAUAUUGUUCAAUAUCGUCUACUGGGUAGGCUACUUGUAUCUUUAGCGACCCUACACAACUCACAACGCAAAGACCUUAACUUUGUCCGAGGAGACUGAACCUUCUUCGAGGUACUUUAAAAAAGAACGGACAUUUGUUACCAGAGCAGAGCUGUGGUAAGAGGACUUCUCUAGUUUGUCACGAAAAAUGAGACCACGCUACAGCCGAAAGCUACAACAGGUGUAUCCCUUAAAGCCAGACUUUUUCUACAUUGUCAGGAAGUAAAUCACCACAGGCUCUCUAUCUGGUUGCAUUUUUCUGGCAGGAAUAUUUGCCUUUUGUUCUUCAGGUACAAGGAUAAAUGUUUCACCGUGUUCCUCACACACGAUCUCAUCUUUUUAUGGGUGAGAAAGCAGCUGUUAGAAGUCAAGGUGCAAAAAAUCCUUAGGCCAAGACGACGUGUGAACGAAAUGCCAUGCGAAGCAUGUGACCCUCUGACUUUUGGUGUCUCAUACGAUCCUGGUCGAACGUUCACAUGAGCGGAAAUCUGUCAUCUAGCCGUCAGUCAAAACCAGACAGCUUUUAUGUAAGCAAAGCUUUCAGAGCCAUCUAUAGUGCCUUCCGCUGGAGGAGAAGCCAUCAGGCAGAGAAAUCUAACACAUGAUGGCAGGAGCAGUAUCUGGUGUUGACUGACCGCUGAUGGUUUUAUUUGAGUUUACUUGAACUUUGGUUGUAAACACAGUCACACGUUAUCUUAAUGCAUUCGACAUUUCGAAAUCCAUUGUCACUGCAUGUUCCAUGAUAGAAUUAAGCUCUACCCUGAAUCAGCACAAUACUUAAAUGAAUGAGAAUAGAUCCUUUUGGAAUAUAAAUUAGUACGUAGAUUGCAAAGGUUUGCCUAUAUUUCUAGAUUUUAUAGCAUAA